GGGCAGUGGAGGCUUUCAGGUCAAGACUUUCCUCUCCUCCCGCUCAGAGGAGAGUCGCAUGUGUUGGUCCGCCGCGCUGCCACUGGAGGGAACCUGUGUGUCACCUUUGUGCGCGUGGCGGCGUCUUACCUGCCAGCGAGGAGCAGGAAAUGAAGAACAAGCAAAUAUACUAACAGUGAAUGAAAAGCAAAACAGGACAUAUAUGAAUGUCCUGAUAGUGAUGCAUGUUCUGCUUGCCAAAGAAGGAUGGACAUUCCCAGAGACUUUAAUGGCAGCCUGUGACUGGGAACUGUUCAAGCAGGAUAAAAGUGAAUCGUUCGCACGUUCUGAAAGUUGUUGAAAUUGUAUCUAAGUAAAAGUUUUACAGAAGGUAGACACUGAAAGCUCUUGAAACAGCGUGAAUAGUAAACGUUCCUACAGCAGAGACAGUUGUUGAAACAGGAGGAUCUAAGUUAAAGUUUCAUAAAAAAUACUUUGAAUUUUUUAAAUAAGAUACAGGAAAACUGUUCUUGAUGCACUUUGAAAUCCUUACUAGAACGUUCGUAGAUACAUAAGCAUACAUAUAAGUGGAGCCGCCUGGGCCACGCUGAGAGCUGCACUGAACUAGGGAAGGAAUGAAGCAGUAAUCAAAUUGUAACAAUUCAGUGGCAGAACCAAACACGAUUACACAUAAAUAGAGCUCGUUUCAGUGAUUUCAGUGAUAUAAGAAAAUAGUGGUUACUCUUAGAGCGUAUUUAGCUUACAUUAAUGCUAACUUAUAAUGAUCUUUGUGCGUGUUGAGUUUGAAAAAAGCUGAACAACAAAUACUUUAACUAUAAAAAGAGUUCUGUAAAAAAUUAGUCAUGUGAUUGCCUCUCCUGGAAAAAAAAAAAUAAAUGGGAACAAAAAGUUGCAUAUUCAGAGAGAGCAGUGUGUGUAUUCCUCAAGCAAUCAGCCACGAGGACUGCUGGACUGAGCGUGAAUCAUCUUGUUAAACUGGUGAUAGAUACUUACCUUUAGGAACUCCACGUAAUCACCAGCAAGAAUACCGCGCCUCCAAGAUGCUGCCGGAGAAGCUGCUGUUCCACGUGAAGCUGCUAUUCUGUAUGGUGGUGGUGGCCACGGAGGGCAAGAAGAAGAAGAAGAACCGCAAACAGGCCGACGAGCCCGAGGUGGCGUCCAUGUUAGAGCCUGGCUUCAAUAUGUGCGACAUCAACACGCCGGAGGUGAUCUACUGCUACUGCGACGUCCUCGACAUCGACAAGGCUGAGGAGGGCAACUGCUGGAUCUUCAACGACACCUCGAAGAACGAGUACAUCUGGGAGGGCUUCAUGUCGCAGACUAAGAUCAAGAGGCUCACCCUCCACCUGCGCCCUGACGGAACCCUCAAGGACAUCCCUACCGUGGCCGUCAUGCACCUGCCUAGUAUAGAGAUGUUCGAGGUCCAGUACGCCACCUUCAAGAUGGUGCGGGCUUACAGCUUUGGCAACUCCUCCACGCUGGCCAAGGUAUCGCUUUCCCGGAACUCCAUCGCCACGCUGGCCCGGAACGCCUUCACGCACCUGCCGUCCCUCGACACACUGUCCCUUGGCGAAAACCACAUCUCGGAGAUCAACAGGCACGUGUUCGCCGACCUGCCCAAGCUGACCAAACUGUACAUUGACCGCAACAACAUCACCAUCGUGCACGACCGAGCCUUCCAGGGCCUGCACAGCCUGGUGGAGCUGGAUCUCUUCUCCAACCAGAUACACGUCAUCACGGCUGAUACCUUCAAAGGCCUGCAGUCUCUGGAGCGCCUUGACCUCCACAAGAACCGCAUCGAGGUCAUCGGUGACAAGACCUUCCGCGACCUCCAAGCGCUGCGGACCCUUGACCUGCAGGAGAACUCACUCAAGUAUAUCGCCCCCAACGGCUUCCACGGUCUCGAGCGACUGCAGCGCCUCAACCUACAAGACAACAAGCUGCUUACUCUGGGCAGCGAGGUGUUCAAGCCAACGCCGAGCAUCCUGCACCUUGACAUUCGCGCCAACGUGCUGGAGACCCUCACACUGGAGACCAUGCAGCCCCUACUCGACAACCUCAACAACGACACCAUGCAGUUCUUCGUAGAAGGUACGUAGGGGAGGAGAUGGCUC